AUGUCAAGGCUCAAUGAGAAGUUGGAUACGCUUAUCUUAGCUCAAUCCACAAUGAAGAAGGCCAACUUUGUUUCUAAAGAAGAGAUGGUUCAAGGCCAAGAAGAGGAGGAGAAUCAGUUUGCUGAAGUGUGCUACAUUAAGAAUGGACAAGGAGGUUAUCAAAACGGUUACUAUGGCUACAAGUCACACCCUACCAUGUCCUACAGUAACACUGAUGUUGCCAAUCCUCAAGAUCAAGUCUACCCUCCGCAGCAACAGGCUCCAGCGAGUCAGCCUCCACAGCAAGGAUAUGGUCAGAAAGGGAAUUUCCAGGGCCAUCAGGGAAAUUAUCAAGGACAACAGCAGAGUGUACCAACUGGGUAUGCACCUCAAGCGCCUCAGGUCUGCACCAAGUCAAGGAACAAGAAAUAA